AUGAAAAUUCUUACUGGUCGAGAAGAAGCUGUUAAACUAGUAACUCAUUAUGACGUUGCAUUUAUUGGUAUUUUGACAGAUUCUAAAAAAAGUUCGACAAAAUCUAUACCACCACGAGAUUAUUAUACACUUGAAUUUGAAAAAUAUGAUCAGAUACGUGGUCGACCGAUUGAUCAAGAAGAACCAUUAUUUCAUUAUAUGCAAAUAGGUAGUGGUGGUCAAGUAACUGAUCCAAAAACUAAGAAAUUAGUACCCAUACCUGAACCAAAAAAAACCUAA